CGAAACUUCAACUUCAUAGUUGUACAGCACACAGCGGCAUUGAUUACUGACAAAGAUACGCUUAUCACCUGUCAAUAGCAAUGAUUAUGAAACCUAUUAUUACAUCCAUUUUGUUUGUGUUGAUGUGCCGAGCAUGUACUGCUCACUUUACAGUCACAUUACCUUCAGGUAAAACAACAGUGGGUGUAGGAAAUAAAGUCAAAUACAACACGGCCGUCGACAACCCCGCAACUAGCGGAUAUAGUACCACUACGGGUAUUUUUACUGUACCAGCAACUGGAACUGGAGCUGGAAAUGGUGUUUACUCACUGUCUGUGUCCAUGAUGUCUGGUACUCAAUCCGCUCACCUCACUCUAAGGAAGGGUACAACAGUUUUGGCAUGGCUAUACACUAAUAAAGAUUAUAACAUGGCAUCUCAAACUGUAAAUGUUAAUUUGGUAGCAGGUGAUAUGAUUUCUGUACAAAUGAAUAGCGGGGCAGACCUGUUUGAUGUUUACAAUACUUUCAGCGUAGCUAAGGUAGCAUAAAUAUGAGAGAACAAAUUUAUCGAAUCAGCCUAAAACAUAAAAUGGACUAAAAAUGUAAGCAGUGAAUGCUGUCAAAUAAAGUUUACCAUUCUUA